CCCAGGGUGGAUUAGUCUCUCCUCCCAGUUGCGGUCCUGAUAGUCUUCUGUGGCUGUGCUCUCUGAAGCGGGCAAACAGUGUGCCCAGAGAAGGAGGAAAGUAGUAGAAGCUGACCCUGAUCUGGCAGGUUGGUGGGCGCAGCCUGGAGUUGGGGUGGAAAAAGGCAGUGACCAGAGCAGAUCCAGGUCUGGCUUCUGUCUCAACCUUGAAGCUCACCUAUUUGGUGUCUUGAGGUUCCUUGGCACAGCAGAUUUGACUGCUGAGAGAAAGGCAGCUUCUGAUCUCUACAGAAAGAAGACACAGGAAAAAACCUCAACAUGGAAAAUGUCCCCCAGGAAAACAAAGUUGGGGAGCAGGCCCCAGUAAAGAAUGAGGAAGAAGCUCGCCCAUUAGAAGGUGGUGAAGGCCAGCAGCCUGGAGGAAAUAUUAGAGGGGUUUGGGCUCCACAUGCCCAGGAUUUUGGAGAGGAUGUGCCCAAUAGGCUUGGUAAUAAUAUUGAUAUGAUAGAUGGAGAUGCAGAUGAUAUGGAAAGGUUCAUGGAGGAGAUGAGAGAGCUAAGGAGGAAAAUUAGGGAGCUUCAGUUGAGGUACAGUCUGCGUAUUCUUAUAGGGGACCCCCCUCACCAUGAUCAUCAUGAUGAGUUUUGCCUUAUGCCUUGAAUCUUGAGGUUAAUAAUCAUAACUCAACCCCCUGCUUUCCAACCUUGUAUUUUCUUGUUGUACCCUUUAUUGUGAACCUUUUGGUAUUCUUCUAUAUUCUAUUUGGAAUUUUCAUUUUGACCUAGUCUAUAAGUUUCUCAGUUAGCAGGGGAGUGUCAUGAACAUGCAUGAGAAAAGAUUUAUUACAUCUUUUAAAGUUAAUAAAGCAAUUUAAAAAGCGGUCUAGA